CUCGGAGCGCCUGAGGUCGCUGUUCUGAGCGUCAGCUCUUCCUCUCUUUCGAUUUUGGGGUUAAAAUGGAGAAACACUGCACGGACUCACGAGUCAAAGGAGUCAGCACAGGGACCACCAUCCUGGCGGCCGUUUUUGAUGGCGGGGUUGUGAUUGGUUCAGACUCCAGAGCUUCAGUGGGAGAGGAGUAUGUAUCGUCUAAGGCCAUCAACAAGGUGAUUCAGGUUCACGACCGGAUCUUCUGCUGCAUAGCUGGUUCACUUGCAGAUGCUCAGGCCAUCACCAAGGCUGCAAAGUUCCACCUGUCCUUCCACAG